CUGGCCCAGACAGUUUCAGACCUCAUGUUUUAUCCUGAAGCAGGGAAACGACCCACAUUUCUUUAAUGUCCCACUGAGAAAACAUCCUCUCGUGUGUGGAGUGAUCCUACGGUGGAACAGUAAUAAGUUGACCCUAUUUUCAACAUUUGAGGGGCUUAUCAGGGAAACAACACUACAGACAAACCUGCAGGACUAAAAGAAGGGUCUGGGGUUUUCCAACAUAAUAAAACACAAUUUUAAAACACAACCUUUAAAGCAUUGUAAAAAGAAAACAAAAAACAACAAGCCUUGUCUCAAAACUUACCUAGUUUUGCUGUGAAUGAUUAUUCUAAGGUCAUUCGGAUUUUACAACUUCACUGUAAUUUUAGUUUUUGAGAAAGACGGAGAACUUUUUAACUAGUUCUUGCCAGUAUAAGUAAGCACAGCUUAAACUACUAGAGCUUAAACUAGCCUACUGGAGGUGAUUUUAAAACAACAUGGAGCGUUAUUGUGAAGUGAAAUAAAAAUAAUACCUGUUCUAGUGUGUUCGUAAAAUAAAAAUCUGAAAUGUGUGACGUGUAUUUUUAUUGUUCGGUGGACCAGUAGGGUGAACAAAAUGCAACAAGCGACAACUCAACAACAAGCCACAAUGCAACAAUAAAACGUCACGACUCAGCAACCAAAAACUGGAACCCAACAACCAAAAGCCACAAAAUCCAAACAGAAGCUGCAGUGUUUGGAUUUUAGGCAUAAUCAUCAUGUAACAUGUUGUUCUAAAAAAACCUGUAAUUUUCCUAACAUAAAAUGUAAUAGUGAACUGCUUUUACCCAGUUUCAUGCAGUUAACGCAGAAUAAUUUAAGUGUACAGACAAAACUAAACGAUAAAUAAAUGGUAAUCCUGUCUGUUAUUUGGCUGUCUCUUAAUGUGAAGCAGCACAUUUUGCCAGUGUUUUGUUUUUGUUCCGCUGCCCGUCAUGUAAAUACAAGCAAUUGUCCUGCCGUCCUGGGAUCAACUCUGCUCCAUCUAUAUGUAGCCUGAGUUAAGCCCUAAGACAUGUGCUGCUGAUGUCCCUGACCGCUCAGCAGUGAACGUCCUGCAGAGCGAGAGGAGCUUCAGCCCCUGUCAACAUGCAGAUUCACACAAACAGCCCUGGAAACAGGACGGCUCCAGUCUUGCAGUGAUGCAUCGUCUGCCCGUCCCACUGAACCAUUCAACCGUAAACAAGGCAGCAUCGUCAGGGAAACCAUGAGCUCGGACAGCGUCUUCAAACCGGAGAUGGAGUCGGACCCUCAGGGCGAGCUUGACGACAUGGUGGCGUCCAUGAACGCCAACCGCCUGACCCCUCCUAACGGCUACAGGUCAGGAGCGCCCAGGUCUACCAUGGGCCAAAAGGCCCGCCUCACAGACAGGAAGAUGUCUCUGCAGGAGAGGGGGAGCCACGUGGCCCGGCAGCCCACCAUCGAGACCAAACGGGUUUCUAUCACUGAUGCCGACGACUGUCUCCAGCUCAACCAGUACAAACUGAAGAAAGAGAUUGGAAAGGGCUCUUUUGGAGUGGUGAAACUAGCCUAUAAUGAAGAUUCUGAACAGUACUAUGCAAUGAAGGUAGUGUCAAAGAAGAAGCUGAUGAGGCUGUGUGGAUUUUUGCGUCGCCCGCCUCCUCAGGGGUCAAACUCUCACCAGGAUCUGUUCCCCAAAUUCAUGCAGCCUCUGGAGAGAGUGUACAGAGAGAUCGCCAUCCUCAAGAAGCUGGACCAUCCGAACGUGGUUAAACUGGUAGAGGUGCUUGAUGACCCUGAUGAAGAUGGACUUCACAUGGCCUUCGAACUAGUGAAAGAGGGGCCGGUGAUAGAGGUGCCCACAGACAACCCGUUAACCGAGGACCAGGCUCGCUUCUACUUCAGAGACAUCGUCCUGGGAAUAGAGUACUUGCACUACCAUAAGAUCAUCCACAGAGACAUCAAACCCUCCAACCUCCUGCUGGGGGACGACGGUCACGUCAAGAUCGCCGACUUCGGCAUCAGUAACGAGUUUGAGGGCCACGACGCCCUCCUGUCCAGCACGGCGGGGACGCCGGCCUUCAUGGCUCCUGAGAUGAUGAGCGAGCUCCAGGAGAGCUUCAGCGGGAAGGCGUUAGACGUGUGGGCGAUGGGGGUCACGCUGUACUGCUUUGUCUUCGGGGAGUGCCCAUUUUAUGAUGAGUACAUCUAUUCUUUGCACAACAAGAUCAAGAACAAACCUGUGAAGUUUCCAGAAACCCCUUCAAUAAGCAAUGAGUUGAAGGAUCUCAUUGAAAGAAUGCUGGAUAAAAACCCUGCAACCAGAAUCACCAUCCCUGAAAUAAAGCUCCAUCAUUGGGUGACGGAGAACGGCUCCAGUCCUCUCCCUCUGGAGGAGGAGCACUGCACGGCGCUGGAGGUCACCGAUGAGGAGGUGCAGAACAGCGUGAAGCUCAUCCCCAGCCUGUCCGCUGUGAUUCUGGUGAAGGCCAUGCUGAGGAAGCGCUCUUUCAGUAAUCCCUUUGAGUGUCAGGGCAGACGGGCAGAGAGGUCCAUGUCUGCCCCCGGAGGUUUUCUUACGGGACUUUCGGGCUUACUGGGGUCUUCGUCUCAUCCGUCUCUGAGGAAAGUCAGCAGAGAAGGGAGCAGAGAAGGAGAGCUGGAGGACUUGUACGAGGAUGAGUCCUUCGUCGAGAGCAACGAUUAAAGUGACACGUUUAGAUUAAAGCAGCAGGGAGGCGGCGGAAAAGAUGAGUUUUUGCACCUUUCUUUUGUCGUUUUUCAUUUCCUCGUAUUUCCUCUUGUUCCGUUCUCGCUGUGCUCGCCUGCAGACUGUUCUUUUCCACCUCUGUGCAGAGGACCUUGAGAUUACAUUAGUUUUGAAAUAACACACUAGUUGUGAUGUCAUUCUGUCCACUGUGCAUGUUUGCUGUUGUUUUUCUGUUCCAGCUGGCUUGUACGUCACUUUUAUUGAUAGACUCAAAAUGUAAAUAUCAUCCAAAAAAAGUAUUUUUAUGUUUUCCUACAGAAUCUUAAAAAAAAUAAAAUAAAAGUCAUUACA